AUGGAAGAUUUCCAACGCCCCGCUUCCGCUUUUCCGGAAGAAGAGAAUGAAUCGGGAUCGGAAGCCGGUUCAAAUUCUGAAGAGGAGGAAAAUGACGAAGAGGAAGAAGACGAGGAAUCUGAAUCCGAGGACGAAGAAGAAGACGAAACAGCUGCACUUUUAACGCCUGCGUUGGAUUCACAGAUUCUGCGUACCAUUGCUGCUAUUCAGACAAAGGAUCCCAAAGUCUACGAUACCAAAAACAGCUUUUUCUCUGAGGAACAGCUGGAAAAAGCCAAAGCGGAAUGGGAAAAGAAGCAAAAAGAGCAAAAGAACAAGGAAAAGAAGAUGACUUUGAAAGAAUACCAAAACGAGGUUCUGUUGAAGCACGGCGGCUUUAUCGAAGAAGAAGAACAAGCUGCGGAAGAACCGCCAAUGACCCACACCGAGGAACAGGACGCGAUCAAAAAAGCUUUCAAAGCUGCAGCCUUUGGCACUCUUGACGACGAAGAGGAUGAAGAGGAAGAGGAAGACGAUUUCCUCACCAAACGAGACAAAACUCAUGAGGAACAGGAGGCGGAAGAAGAAGAUUACAAGUCGUUUCUUUUGGAGAAUAUGGCCGGAGAUGAAGCCGCAGCGGCAGCCUUCAAGGAAUGGCACAACUACAAAGACAAUCCAAACUUAUCGGCCGAUGAUGCUUUUUUGAUUGAUUAUGUCUUGAACCGUGGAUGGGUCGACAAGAGAGAAGCUCAAGCAGUUCCUACCUAUGAGGAAGUGACGGCGGUCGAUAGAGAUGAAGACGAAGAAUAUUUGGAUCAGGUGGAUCGUUUUGAAAGCAAAUACAAUUUCCGCUUCGAAGAAGAUGGUGGUGCACAAAUUAUUUCGCAUGCACGUAAUAUUGAAGGUACCGUUCGUCGAGAGGAAAGCCGACGAAAGCGCAACAGAGAACGAAAGAAAGCCAAGCGUGAAGCUCUCAAACAGCAGAAGAUGGAAGAAGUGAAGCGCUUAAAGAAUGAAAAGAUGAAGGAGAUUCAUGAACGCUUGAAGCAGAUUCAGGAAAUUACAGGAACAGAAGUAACCGGUUUGGAAAACCUUGAUCUGGAGGGUGACUUCGAUCCUGAAAAGUACGAUUCACAAAUGGCUGGCGUAUUUGACGACCAAUAUUAUGAAGGCGAAGAAAACGAGAAACCUGUGUGGGAUGAUGAUAUUGAAGGAUAUGAAUCCCAGGAGGAAGCAGGCGAGAAUUACAAUGACGAUGAUGAUAUGAUCAUGGAUGCCGAUUACUUACCUGGCGGUGAGAAGUAUGGUACCUUGUCCAACCGCAAGAAGCGUAAAUUGGCUCAAAUGGGAGCCGAUGCAACAGAAAGCGACAAAGUGAAACUGGCCAAGACUGUCGAGAAUUCUACAGGAGUCGAUGCCGCAGCAAAAUCACAGGCCAAGGAGGACUAUGAAAAAUUGAUGGAUGAAUACUACUCUUUGAAUUUCGAAGAUAUCAUUGGUGGCGAUCUCCCGACACGUUUCAAGUAUGCUCAAACGGAACCCGAAGAUUACGGUUUGACAGCGGAAGAAAUCCUUUUGGCAGACGACAAAGAAUUGAACAAAUACAUUGGCAUGAAAGCAUUAGCACCAUAUCGCAAUGAGCGCAAGAAGGCCUAUGAAAAGAAACAACUGCAGCGUGCGCAAAAGUCGAAACUGAGAACCCUUCGUCGACAUAUUGACUCCCAGCUGGAAAGAGUUCAGCAUAAAAAUCAAGGCUACAACAAACAUAAGCAUCAACAUGGUUCCGGCAAGCAUAAGCAUCACGACUCUGGCAAGUCUAAGCAUUAG